UCACAUGACCGAGUCUUCGGCUGGAUGACUUCCUGUUCCGCGGUUGUUCUCCCUGCGGUAUAAAAAAAAAAAAAAAAAUAACGGGUCCGCUCUGCUCUCUCUAACCCAGACCCUGCCACUCGGGGACCGGAGGGGGAAUACAACCAUCAACCGAACACCGAGUCGUGUUCACCUGCUAUCCGAACCGCGGAGAGAUGAGCACCGGAGGAGGGGCGGGUAGAUAGUGGACCGGAUAAACCGACCGCACCGGCGGCUCUUUCGAUAUAGAAAACACAAACUAACGCACUAACGUUUUUUUUUUUUGUUAACCUGCCAGAAAAGGGCCGACUGACGCUGUUUGCUCCCCUUCCCCGACUGACGUUAAGUUUAGCAUCAAGUGGUGGCUACUUGACGUUAGCUCUCUCUCCCCCCUUCCCUCCCUCCUACCUCUCCUUAUCAUCAUCCCCUUCCAACAACAAAAAAAACUAAAACAACAGAGCCAUCGAUAUGUCAAAAUACACCAGCUUUCCAGAGCCGAUGGAAGACCAAAACCCUUUCCAGGACCCUGCAGUGACUCAACACAGCAGCAACACAGGAUAUGCCACACUGGACCUGUACAACCCAUUUGAUAAUACGACUGGGCCUCCACCACCGUAUGAAGCCACCUCUCCCUCUGCUCCAGCUGUGCCGGCACAGACUCCGCCCAGCAGGACAACACCUACUGAGCCUCGCAACUAUGGCUCCUAUACCUCCCAGACUGCAGUGAACGCUACCACAGCAGAGCUCUUGAGGAAGCAGGAGGAGCUGGAGAAGAAAGCCCGAGAGCUGGAGAGAAGAGAGAGGGAGCUGGAGUCGCACAGCCUCGGACCUGGAGCCUCUCGUCAGAACAACUGGCCCCCGCUGCCUUCAUUCUGCCCCGUGGGCCCCUGCUUCUACCAGGACAUCAAUGUGGAGAUCGCUCAGCACUUCCAGCGCACCGUCACCAUCAUGUACUACUUCUGGCUGUUCUGCACUGGCACGCUGCUCUUCAACCUGAUCUCCUCCCUGGCCAUGUUCUGCGUGGACACCACCAAUGGUGUUGGGCUGGGCCUCGCCAUUCUCUGGGCCCUCCUCUUCACCCCAUGCUCUUUUGUCUGCUGGUACCGUCCUGUGUACAAAGCCUUCAGGAGUGACAGCUCCUUCAAUUUCUUUGCCUUCUUCUUCAUUUUCUUUGCCCAAGUUAUCGUCUACGUCAUCAUGACUAUUGGUAUCCCUGGAUGGGGUUUCAGUGGGUGGAUCGUGAGCCUGGCCGCUCUGAAGCACAGUGUCCCCGUCGGUGCGAUCAUGAUGAUGAAUGCCAUCCUCUUUACUGCCCAAGCCGCCAUGGGGGUUGUCAUGUUGAAGAAGGUCCACAGUCUGUACAGGCAGACCGAUGCCAGCUUUCAGAAGGCCCAGGCCGAGUUCGCCACCGGAGUCAUGUCCAAUCAGGCCGUACGCCAGGCAGCUGCCAACGCCGCCACCAACGCCGCCACGGGGGCCUUCACCGCACCCCGAUAGAGAGGGACGAGAGGGGUUGGGAGGGUGAGAAGUAGAGGAGGAGAGGGGCCCUUUCAGCUUGAUAGAGGAUCAGUCUGGUAUUUAUUUCCCCGCAGGUGAUUAGAAUUUGAUGUGGGGGUUGCGGUGGGUGGGUGGGGGGGGGGGGGGGGACCAAGUCUAAUUAUCCCUGGGCAACUGAACUUCAGGGCACGUGCAUGAGACAGAGGUGGGGGAUGUCUAAUUUCUAAAAGGUGUACAGGACAAGUUAGCUACAUUGCCAAACCAGGAGUCAGCAAAUCAUUGAUUGAUUCAACAUUUAGAGAGAUGGUGUGAGAUGUGAAAAAAAAAUAAGAUGUGAAGUUGUAUUAAAUUUAGCGCCGUUGUAUCAGUGAAUGCAGGGAAAAUGCUUCUUUUUUUUUUUUUUUGUAUAAGAAAAAAAAAAAAACUAAACAAGAUGUGUGCCAAGUGGGACAGUUGUAGCCUGGAUAUUCACCAUUUUUUAAAAUGACUUGGAUGUAUACGUUGUGUUUGUGUGGAGCCAUGUUUGAGACAAAGAGUCGGAGCUGAACACUGAAAUGUUGCCAUUUUUAACAUUUGAUCCAUAACUAACUGGCUCAACUUUGGCCAACACUUUUUUUUUGUUUGUUUGUUCGUUUGUUAUUGCCUAAGUGUUAACUAACAAGUUGUUAUUAUUUCAAAUGAGAAUGCCUAUUUACCUUUUCUUGCCAAAACCUCUCAUACUGUAAAGAUUAUGAACGUGUGUUGUUUUCGGUUACAAAUAUAUCUGUCACUGUUCUGUUGGUGUUGCUUGUGGUUCCUAUGAUUAUUACAGCUCACUGUCUUUGGUUUUAAUAAAAAUAUAUUGUCAUGCUUACACAA